UUACAUAAUUUUUUUAUUUAUUUAUGUAGCAGAUUCCAUAUGUGACGGAGGUCCAUUCACAGUUAUGUUUGAGCUUAAUUUUAGCCAUUUAAAAAUGUUUUCCUCCCAGCGAAAGCUCCUUUUGACCGGUUCUUCCUUUCCUUUACUUGAAACCAAAGCGUUCAACAAAAAAAGCUCUUUACGUAUGUCAUCCGUUCCUCCUCUCUCCUUUCUGCUCUCCGGAAACCAGAAGCUGAGAGAGACACGAACAUGCGAAAAUACGUGUAGUAGAAAGAGAAAACUAGAAAAACGACAACAGGAACAAUGUGGGUUUUCUAUCUCAUAUCGCUGCCUCUAACUCUGGGCAUGGUGGCCAUCACCUUGAAAUAUUUCGCCGGACCCGACGUCCCUCGUUACGUUCUCUUCACCGUCGGAUACACCUGGUUCUGCUCUAUCUCCAUCAUUAUUCUCGUCCCCGCCGACAUUUGGACGACUUUAAUGCACCACCACAAUGGAGGGAUAUCCUUUUUUUGGAGCUUGUCAUAUUGGAGUACUUUUUUGCUUACAUGGGUUGUGGUGCCCACUAUUCAGGGUUAUGAAGAUGCUGGGGACUUCACUGUGACAGAAAGAUUAAAGACUAGCAUACACACAAACUUAGUAUUUUACCUCUGCCUUGGCGCCAUUGGACUUUUUGGUCUUAUCCUACUCGUUCUUUUACAGAAAAACUGGAGUGGUGGUAUUCUAGGUUUUGCCAUGGCUUGCUCAAAUACUUUUGGACUUGUUACUGGUGCAUUUCUUCUUGGCUUUGGUUUGAGUGAAAUUCCAAAGGGCAUUUGGAGAAAUUCAGAUUGGACUGCUCGCCGAAAGGUUCUGACACAUAAAGUUGCCAAAACGGCCUUGAAACUCGAUGAUGCUCAUCAAGAGUUUUCAAAUGCUAUUGUAAUUGCUCAGGCAACGUCUAAGCAAAUGUCCAAGCGCGAUCCUUUGAGACCCUACAUGAAUAUCAUUGAUAAUAUGCUUCUUCAAAUGUUAAAAGAAGAUCCUUCCUUCAAACCUCAAGGUGGAAGAUUAGGAGAGAAUGAUAUGGACUAUGAUACUGAUGAGAAAACAAUGGCAACACUAAGACGUCAACUUCGUGGAGCUCGAGAGGAAUAUUACCGAUAUAGAAGUGAAUAUAUGAACUUUGUCUUGGAAGCCCUUCAGCUGGAAGAUACUGUAAAAAAUUAUGAGCACCGGAAUGCCACAGGAUGGAAAUAUAUUUCAAGCUUUAGGCCUGAACACAUGGGCACACUAGGUUCUCUUCUUGAUAUGAUUGAGUUGAUGUGGCGGUGUAUCCUAGAGAAGCAACUUAAGAAACUUUUGGCAAUCAUAUUAGGUUGCAUCUCUGCUGCAAUUAUUUUAGCCGAGGCUACUAUACUGCCCAGUGGAGUUGAUUUGUCUCUCUUCUCUAUUCUCAUAAAUGCUGUCAAAAGGCAGGAGGUAUUUGUGCAGGUAGCUGCUUUCAUCCCUCUAAUGUAUAUGUGCAUGUGCACAUAUUAUUCCUUGUUUAAAAUUGGAAUGCUGAUGUUUUACUCGCUGACACCCAGGCAAACAAGCUCAGUCAGCUUGCUUAUGAUAUGCUCGAUGGUUGCACGAUAUGCCCCUCCAAUUUCAUACAACUUUCUCAAUCUCAUUCGUCUUGAUGGAGAUGAAAAGACUCUCUUUGAACAGAGAAUGGGAAAUAUCGAUGAUGCUGUCCCUUUCUUUGGAAAAGGAUUUAAUAAAAUCUACCCCCUUAUUAUGGUUGUAUACACCCUGUUAAUUGCUAGCAAUUUUUUUGACCGGGUGAUUGAAUAUUUUGGGAACUGGAAGAUAUUCAAGUUUCAAAAUGAUUCAGAUGAUACUGAUGGAUUUGAUCCAUCAGGAGUAAUUAUUUUGCAGAAAGAACGGUCUGGGCUUGAGCAAGGGCAUAAAUUCGCUGAGCAUGUUAUUCCAUUGGCAAGGAAUUUCAACAAUAUUAGUAUUAGCCUUGAAUCUGGAAGCAGUAGUCUGGAUAAAGUUGCCCCCGAAUUGAAAGCAACUGAUUUGAUAGAGAAUGAAAAGGGAGGUCAACUAAAACCUUUGAAGGAGGAGGAUCCAUUUGGCAGGAGCAGAAAAGCCGUCAACAAGAAGCACACCACCACAAGGGACCACUACAAAAAGGCAUCCAAUAUGGAUUUCGAGAAAAAUGUCACCUCCUCAACUGCUGAUGCAAGCAAAACUCAAAUAGCAGAAGCAGGACCAUCAUCUGGACUAACGUCGAAGUGGGAAGCCAUGAAGACUGGCUUUCAAAAUUUCAAGUCCGACAUUGGUGCUAAUAGAUUCAUUCCUUUACGACAGCUUCGAGAAACUAAACUCGAGUCACGUGUUUCCUCAUCGGAAUCCCUGGAGGAAAUAUUUCAGAGAUUGAAACAGCCAACCAUAAACCAUAGACGUUUCAGUAAAGAUGAUGAUGAUGAUGAUGAUUAUCUCUAUGAUCAGGUCAUGAACAUCGAGAAGAUGUCACCGUCCAGAUAGUCGUCUCCUACACAGUAAGCAGAAACAUUAUGAAAAUAGGAAUCACAUUUUUGUAUAAACACCACCCUCUUGAGAUGUGUUUUAGGUGAACUGUUUGACAAACUUUCUACAAGCAGAAACCACACAUACAUUACUAAUUGAUUGUGAAUGACAAUGUAAAAGAGAGAAAAUAGUCCAGGAUUAAGCACUGGAAUUGUAACCAA